AUGACCACACCUGGAGCUGCACCUUAUGUCAAAACACAAUCUGAGGACCUGUGGAAUGAGGCUCUUAAACAAGUCCAGUUCACAAAUACUUCAGCACUCGUCGCUGCGGGCUUAGAAAGGCGACAAAUCUUGGUAGAAAUCUUGGAUUUGGUGCAAAAGCAGGAACUCAAGGCUCAAGAAAGGAAAUGGAAGUGGAAAAAGAAAAAUGGUCAAGUGAUCAUUAUUCGCGAUAUCUUUGUUAAGCUUGCAAUUUGGAUUGAAAAGUUCAAGUCUAUUGGGGAUGUUGUUGUGCAAUAUGAUCCAAUCCACGCGAGUUUACCAUGGGCUGCUGUCAGGUUUUUAUUGCAGGCUGCUAUUAGCGAUAUCAACUCAAAUGGUGCUAUCCUUGAAGGCAUGGAGAUUGUUGUCAAUCUUCUAGCACGGUAUGAGAUCGUGGAGUAUCUCCACCUACAAAAAAUAUCGCGCGCGAAGGCUCUUCUGGCCGAUGCGAUUGUUAAGCUAUAUACUGCCAUUUUGGACUACCUUUUCCAAGCGCAUGCAUACUUCGAGCCUCAUAUUCUGAAGAAAAUUGCGCAUAGCUUCUUUCGUCCAGAAGAAUCAACACAUAAAUUCAUAUCGAGCAUCAAGCAAAAUGAACUGGAAGUUGAGAAAUAUACGCGCCUCGUCUCUGAUGAAUCCCUUGGUAAGAUUGACAGAAACAUGAAUGCUCUCACACAAUCUAUGGAUGUAUGCCAUACAUCAAUACAAAGCCUUCAGCAAGGGAUUUCAUCAACGAAGCUACUGGGAAGUGACUUGAGACAACGUCUUGGACAAUUGCACAAUCUCACACAGACCAUUCAACAAGAUAUGUCAUCUGCAGAACUCAAGUGGAACAAAAUCGAACACCAUUUGGUCAAAGCCUUGAACGAUCUCAAGGAUCCCGUGCAGCGCAUUGCUGAAGAUAUAUCUAGUGUAAAAGAUAAUCUAAAGGAAAAGGAGCGAGUAAAGGUUUUUGAGUGGCUUACAACGAUACCAAGCUCUAGCCACCACAGGGAAAAAUCGCGGAGCUUAUUAUCUGGUUCUUGCAAUUGGCUGUUGAGAAAGAAGGAAUUCAAGGAAUGGAUGGAGGCUAGUACAUCUUCCAUCUUGUGGCUCCAUGGAAUCCCCGGCAGUGGGAAGAGCAUGCUUGUAUGCCAUGUUAUCGAAUAUCUCCAAAGUCGAGCCCAACAGCAUCAAAGCUCUGCACCUAUUGCAUACUUCUAUUGUGUUCGAACUGUUAAUGAACCUGAAAGGGCUAAUCCAACAGAAAUACUAAGAAACAUACUAGAGCAGUUGUGCUCAUUAGAUGCGGAGACCCCAAUAAGGGAACCUGUGUCAAAACAAUAUCUUGCUCGGAAGAAGGAAGCCCGAGGACGAAAACCGGAGAGGCUCAGUCUCGAAGAAACGGUUAAUAUUAUUCUAGAAUUGUUAGAAUCCAAUCCUGCAACCAUAGUCAUUGAUGGACUUGACGAAUGCGAUCCUAUUAAAAGAAAUGAUUUGCUUCUCGGCCUGCAAAAGAUCAUCACGAAGUCAAACAAUAUCGUCAAAGUUUUUGUCAGUAGCAGAGAUGACCAUGACCUCGUUCACCAUCUAGCUCGUUCCCCGAACCUAUACAUUCAUGCGACUGACAAUACUGGGGACAUCAUAUUGUUCAUCAAAUCGCGCAUUAAGGAGGCAAUUCGACAAGAUAAGCUUCUCUGCGGGCGUGUCUCAAGUCGCUUGGAGAACAUCAUCAUUGGCAAGUUGAUAAAGAAAGCUAAUGGCAUGUUUCGACUAGCAAGCAUGCACAUUGACAGCCUUUGUGAUCCAUAUCGGGUUAAAACGGAAGCCAACGUGCAUCACGCACUCGACCACCUACCGCAAGAAUUGGGAAAGUCAUAUGAUGUGGUGAUAUCGCAGAUCGUCCAAGCCGAAUAUCCUAAUCCACUGUUAGCGUCACGUGCAUUGAAAUGGCUUCUUUGCUCCCGCGAAGCUCUGAACUCUAAAACCCUCCCGCAAGCCAUUUUUGUGAAUAACGCAGGCCACCCACUAUUAUCAAAUGACGAAAUCUUAAGCAUCUGCUUCAACUUAGUAGUUUAUAAUGAAGAGACGGAUAAGUUUCAGUUUGCUCAUUUAUCGGUGCGGGAAUACCUUGAGUCCCAGCCUGGAUACUCAGCUGAAGAUACAAAUCUGAUGGCCGCGGAAGCAUGUUUAACUUGUAUCAUGUCAGAAUCACAAGAACGCCCUACGUUUAGGAACCACGCAGUAGGUUUUUGGGGUAAUUAUGCGAAAUCGGCUCCCAGUGCAAGACGUGAGGGUGCUUUAGGAGAGUUACUCGUAGACUUUCUAGUUUCUCCUUUUGAAUCAAGGAUUGAGCUCGCUACGACUAGGCUUGCUUCUUACCUGCGGAGAUAUGAAGCUUACUUGCGCCCCGACUGGAUCAAGGAUGAAAAUGAAGAAAUGUUCAUUUGGACUAUAUUUCUGGCCUGUAAGUAUGAUCUCAAUGAGAUUGUUAGUCGACUUAUUCCUCGUGCCGAUUGCGAAUAUAUUUGCACUGGGAAAAGCUCGAUGGGUCUCAAUUGUGUCCAAAUCUCAGCAUAUUUUGAUAGCCCGACGACUAUCAAUCUACUACACGAUAUAACAAAGUCUCUACUGCCAAAAAGUCUCAACUAUGAUUUGUAUUGGAAUUCUGCGUAUUAUAUUGCAUCACACAAAGGGAGCAGGCGGGCAGCCCAGGUAAUAUCAGAGAUCCGAACGAAGCAAAAGAAGUUGUGCACGCAGCCUAGAAAGUACUGUGUCAAGCCCAUCUUCAAUCACUGGGUCAACGCAAGUUUACUCGCCUCCCAAUGCUCCCCUGAGACUGAAUCCCGAGAAGUGAUGCCACCCACGGCGCUGCUUCAGAAAAACGACGCCGACAUAGCAUCAACGCUUUUCAAAUCCUUCGAUGAGUGCAUCGGAUUAUGUGAUGAAUGCACCUUUUCGAUUCUGACGCCCCUCGAUAUGGUGAGCUUGAAUAUUGCGAACGCUUUUCUCCAUUUCAACGCUGUCGAAAACGAUACACUGUCUGCAAAACAAAGAAAGGUUGCUGCCAUGGCUAAGAUCAUUUCGGAUGUAAUAAAUAUUCGCAGAAAAAGUAUGUUUGAAGCUAGUGAAGUCUCUUGGGUGACAUCGAUUUUAGCAUUCACAUUGAUUUUCGAUUAUCAAAUUGAUUGGGAAAUCUUCAAACAUCAUUUAGGGGAGGCAUUUUUAUAUAUGUCCUUACACGAAAAGCAGUCGCCCUAUUAUUAUGGCACUUGGUACGGUAACUUUUGUGAUUUAUUAGACAAAGCGGUACGAAUUAGAGACGUCUUAGAUGAACAGAAUGCCAUCAAUUGGGACGCCCUCCUUCUGGCGCGACGCCUAGAUAACGGCCGAGACGUUCUUCUCGCAUUGCUUAGAGCGCGCACGAAAAUAGCCCCAAACAUAAUCAACCUUGCAUUGUCCACCUGGGAUGGAGAAAUGAUAGAGGCGUUUUUAAAGUACAAUUCGGUUAAGAUUGACAAUGAAGUGAUUCGGUUCGUGGCGGGUAAUAUAAAGCAUGGCAAGAAGAUAAUGGAGAUGUUAUUGGCUCGAGAAAUGGAAACAGAAAUGUCGGAAACUGCGCUCGAAACUACGCUUGAAAGCGCGCAGUAG